AUGCCACUGAAGUUUGGAACGUCCAAGGCUAUCGCCAUCGCCUUUGGUGUUCUGACCGUCUCUUCCAUCGGCGGCAUGUUCACCAUGAUUAUUCUGUUCAAGGCUCAGACCCAAAACAUUACCAUGACGCCACCUCCAACCCUGCCGCCCACCACCUUGGCCCCACCGCCAGACAUGCGGCUGCCGAAGAGCUUGGUACCUCAGAAAUACAAAAUUGUACUCGCAGUUCACCUCUACACUAAAAUCAUAGAGGAGGGGAACGGCUCCAAUCCCAACAUCACCACUCCGAACCAGACCAUGAUCUUCACGGGAAACUCGACUGUCCACUUUCAAUGUGCCCAAAAGACGAUGAGCAUCUUUCUCAACAGCAGGAACCUGAUUGUUUCCUCGCCGGUAGUGUUGAACAAAGAUGCAAAAAGGAAUAUUAAAGUGUCUGGAUUGAAACACCACGAUGAUGAAAGUGACUUCCUCGAGCUCGAAUUGAUGGACGCCUUGGAGGCAGGAGGGAACUACUCUUUGUAUUUGUCUUUCCACGGCGAAGUCUCGGAUAAUCUGGAAGCACUGUAUCUAAGCAGAUAUACUGAUGGUAUCUUUGACUAUGAAAGUGUAGGUGAUCCAAAUGCGGACAGAUUCAUUGCUGCCACCAAUCUGCAGCCAACAGAUGCCAGGAAAGUGUUUCCUUGUUUCGAUGAGCCAGACAUGAAGGCUGUGUUUGAACUGACCAUCAUCCACAGGCGAGAAACCAGAGCUCUGGGAAAUGCAGCCCCUUAUGAAAGCAACAUUAUAGAUGACGAAUGGCAAUACACUAUCUUUAGAGCAACACCAAAGAUGUCCACCUACUUAUUCGCCUUCACAGUGGUCGACGACAGCUUCAAAUCCACCACCUCUCCAAUCUCCAAUACUGAUCGCGUGGAGAUAAAUACGUAUGCUCGUCCUGAAGCCAUCGAUGCAGGACACGCUGAUUAUGCUACCGACAUCACCAGAAAGCUCCUUCGAUUCUACGAAAGCCAAUUUGAAAUGAAAUAUGCAAUGGAAAAAAUAGACCAGAUUGCACUGCCAGACUUAUACCCUGCUGCAAUGGAAAACUGGGGACUGAUCACAUACCAGGAAGGAUUCCUGCUCUAUCAGGAAGGAGUCUCCUCCCUGUUGCACAAGGAAGAUAUUGCCACUGUCAUUGCACAUGAACUGGCACACCAGUGGUUUGGAAAUGUGGUGACAAUGAAAUGGUGGAACGACCUUUGGCUGAAUGAGGGCAUUGCUACCUACCUGUCUUACUUUGCUGUAGACAGUGUGGAGCCUACGUUCAAUAUAAAAGAAAUAUCCAUCAUGAAUGACCUCCAUGAUGCAUUUAGAGAGGAUGCUUUGGCCUCAUCCCACCCUCUCAGUCCUGCAUCAAAAGAGAUCGAGACGACAAAUGACAUCCUUGGAAUGUUUGAUUCGAUCAGCUACAGCAAGGGCGCAAUUGUGCUGAGAAUGCUGUCAAACCAUGUGGGAGAAGUUGUUUUCAACAAAGGGCUCCAAAUGUAUCUCAAGGCCUUUCAAUAUGGAAGCGUAGAAAAGGAUGACCUCUGGGAGUACAUACAAAUGAACCGCGUUGCCAAAGCUGUCCGCAACACUGAUGACAUCGCUGGAUUCAUGAAUCCUUGGACCACCCAAAGUGGCUAUCCUGUCAUUACCAUCAACACUACCGAUGGACAAGUCUACCAGAAGCAGUUUCUCUUCAAUAACUCUGCCAAUUCCUCGAAUUCAUGGACAGUGGAGAUUGAGUUCAUCUCAAAUGCGUCGUCUAAAUUUGAGAAAGUGUAUUUGUAUAACAACAAGCCAGUAAACAAAGAAGCUUUCAUAGCUAAGAAUGGUGAAUGGUUCCUGGCAAAUAUCAACUGCACCGGAUACUACAGAGUCAAUUACAAUCCAGAGAACUGGGAACGCCUUCUAGCUCAGCUGCAGAAGAAUCGACAUAAUAUCCCGAUGUUGAACAGAGGGCAGCUUAUUGAUGACGCAUUUAACUUGGCAAGGGCUAAACUUGUCAACGUGACUCUGGCUCUGAAUUCAACCCUUUUCCUCACAAAAGAGACAGAGUUUCUUCCCUGGGAGUCAGCGGUCAGGAAUCUCGAGUACUUCAUCCUCAUGUUUGACCGCUCUGAGGUGUAUGGACCCAUGCAGACAUACCUGCGGGAACAGGUUAGAGAGCUGUAUAACUUCUUCAAAACCUACACGGACGAUGACAGCGUCCCACAGAACGAUCACUCCUUACAGUACACCCAGCUCUUAGCCAUAAAGCUGGCAUGUUCCAAUGGGCUCCCAGAAUGCGUAGAGAUGGCUAAGCAGAAGUAUGCCGCCUGGAUGGAGAGCAAAAUUACCAACAGCAUCCACCCAAACCUGCGGUCUGAAAUCUACUGCCAAGCUGUGGCUGCUGGUGAGAAGGAAGAGUGGGAAUUUGCCUGGGACAUGUAUCAGACCUCCAGCAACACCUCGGAGAAAGACCAACUCCGUCGUGCUCUGUCCUGCACCAAGAAGAUCUGGUUGCUCAGCAGAUACCUUGAUUACACUUUGGACCCUGAGAAGAUACGUCUGAUGGACGUUGCUUCUACAAUUUACUACAUAGCCCAGAACUCAGCGGGGCAGGCGCUGGCCUGGAACUUUAUCAGAGCAAACUGGGACUACGUCAGCCAAGGGGACGGGGCGAUGCUGAUUGCAGGAGUGACCAGCAGAUUCUCGACCGAGUUUGAACUGGAAGAGCUCAUGCGUUUUCAAAAUUAUGAGCUGGGUGGUGCCUCCAGGGCUGUGUCUCUGGCCAUCGAGCAAACCCAAGUGAACAUCCAGUGGGUCAAAGAGAACAAAGACGUUGUUCUGCAGUGGUUCGAACAAAAAACUUCUUCUGUAAGACAAAAGGAGUACUAACAGGUUCAGAGCCUCCGAUCAGAUUGCCAGUUUAUUCUCUCGAAGCUGCACAUUUUUAGUCAAUAUGACUUUACAAGAA